AUGCUUUUAAUAAUUGAAUAUAAUUUAAGAUGUUGUUGUUGUUGUCCAUGUUCAACUCCUGUUUUAAUUGGCUUUGUGAUUGGAUCAUUGCUUACUGGAAUCGCUCUUGCAACAAUUCUCGCAAUCUAUUUGGUUGAUUCAAGCAAGACAGAAAACCUUUCCAGUAAUACUACUACAGUGAUAACUGAUACUUCAACUACAACUACAUCAGCAACAGUGACAACUAGCACGGUAACAACGUCUACUAGUAGUUCAACUUCGACUAUUAGUACAAUAACAACAACUACAACAACUGCUACUUCGACAACUGCUUCAACAACAACAUCGAUAACGACAACAACUGCAACUACAGUAACAACAACUACUACUACUUCGACUACGACAACGGCACCUUAUUGUACGACACGUGUCACAUUUGAUGAUAUUCCUGGUCAAUCAAGCACAUCUGGUGUUGUUCCAAAUGGAUAUAAAAAUCUCAAUUGGACAAAUGUCUUGUAUCUCAAUUCAUCAACAAUGCCAACAAGUGGUUAUCAGACUGCUGUCAACUCACCACCAUUCGUUGGUUAUAAUCCAGGCGGUACAAUAGUUCAAAUAACGACGGCUAAUGGUACAAAGUUUGCUUUUAACUCAGUGAUUGUAUCAUCUGCUUGGCGAGAUAAUCUUGUUUGGUCCAUAUAUGGUUAUCGCUCUGGUACUAAUUUGAAAGAUGCUGAUAUUGUUGAUCAUGAUUAA